AAAUCGCGUCCAUUUCUUCAGAGCAAAACAAUGGAGUGUUGAAGAAGGGAGUGCGGCCUCGUUCUCCUCCCUUUUCUCUCUAAAUCCCCGCCUUUUCUCGAGGGAUUGAGGGCCGUGGGUUCAGUUCAUGGUAAAUCUAGUCAGCUAUUGUGAUGUGUGAGUUGAAGCCGGGAAGAAUUAUCGACUUAUGAGAGUAUCAGAGACAUGCGAAGACACAGAAGAACACAGACACUAAGCAAGGCCUGAAACAAUGUCUAUGAAACUGUCUGCCAGAUCCCAGAGGGGGAACCCAUAUGCCACACUUGAGAAAAUGCAGAAUGGCCAUGCAACCACCAUCUAUUUAGGAGAGGGACCCGGACUCCUCUCAUCUCCGACCCCAAGUUCCGAGGAAACGCAAUCGACCACAAGCCAAAGUGCUGAGGGCAAGGGUGUUCCCAGUGGGAUGUGGGUGAAUGGGCGGGAAGCAAGCGGGCUACCAUGGGAGGAGGUAGCCCGUUUGCUUGUCACAGACACCAACAGUGGCCUGCCCUCCCGAGAGGUCAUGACCCGGAGACAAGUCAUUGGUUACAAUGAAUUCUCAGAGGCUGAAGAUGACCCCUUGUGGAAAAAAUAUCUGGGACAGUUUAAGGAACCUCUUAUCCUCCUGUUGCUGGCUUCAGCCUUUGUCUCUCUGUGUAUGAGCCAGUUUGAUGAUGCAGUUGUUAUUACACUUGCUAUUGUGAUUGUUGCAACAGUUGCUUUCAUUCAAGAACUUAGAACAGAUAAAGCUCUUGAGGAAUUGAAAAAGCAGGUACCCGUCACCUGCAUGUGUCUACGUGAUGGUAAUGUCAAUGAAUAUCAGGCAAGGGAGCUGGUUCCUGGGGACAUUGUCCAUCUUAACAUUGGGGAUCGAGUCCCAGCUGAUUUAAGACUCUUUGAAGCUAAUGAUCUCAGUAUUGAUGAAUCCAGUUUCACAGGAGAAACAGAGCCAGCUGACAAGAAUAAUAAUCUUGUCACCACAAGCACUUAUGGAACCUCUGGAAGCCUAGCCAAUGUUGCGUAUAUGGGGACUUUCGUUCGCACGGGCCGUGGCAAAGGCAUUGUCAUCAGCACUGGAGAAAAGUCCCAGUUUGGUGAGCUGUUCAAAAUGAUGAUGGAAGAGGAGGCUCCCAGAACCCCUCUCCAGAAGAACAUGGAUGAGCUGGCCAAGAAACUCUCCAUAUUUUCCUUCUGUUUCAUUGGGGUUGUGUUUGCGCUUGGGUUGUACCAGGGCAUUCCCAUUCACAAGAUCUUCAAUAUUGCUGUAAGUUUAGCUGUAGCAGCAAUACCAGAAGGCUUGCCUAUAGUUGUGACAAUGACACUCUGUCUAGGAAUUCGUCGUAUGGCCCAGCGUUCAGCUUUAGUAAAAGGUUUACACACAGUGGAAACUCUUGGUUGUGUCACAACAGUUUGUUCUGAUAAAACUGGAACUUUAACAAAGAAUGAGAUGACUGUAACAUCCAUUGUCACAUCAGAGGGCGAUGAAUGCCAUGUCACUGGAGUGGGCUAUUCCUCUGAUGGCUGCAUUGUGUUUGAAGGAGGCUACUCUGACCUAGCUAAUGAGGCAGUCACAAAGCUUCUGGAAACAGGUGCUGUAUGUAAUAAUGCUGAGAUAGUUGGGGAUCAGCUGCUGGGACAACCCACAGAAGGAGCCAUACUGGCUGCUGCUAUUAAACAUGGUGUGUACAAUGCCCGAGAUAAGUACCAAAGAUUGGAAGAAAUGCCUUUCAGUUCUGAAACCAAGAAAAUGUCAGUCAAAAUCAGGAAUAAAAAAACUGGGGAAGUGGAGUGGCUGGUUAAAGGAAGUGUUGAGGCAGUUCUGGCAUCUUGCACCCAGUAUAACCAGAGCAUGGCUACCCUCCCACUGUCCCAGGAGAAAUGUCAGCAGAUCAUGUCGGCUUGCAUGGAUCGUGGAAGGCAAGGACUUCGAGUUGUUGGGAUUGCACGAGGUCCGUCCACAAGUGAGCUGAGCUACAUGGGAAUGGUUGGCAUAAUGGACCCCCCACGUGAAGGAGCCAGGUCUUCUGUUACUACUCUCCAGUCUACAGGAGUUAGUGUCAAGAUGGUGACUGGUGAUGCACAGGAGACUGCUUGUGCUAUUGCCCAGGCAGUUGGUCUUAGGGUAUGUAAACCUGGUGUCUAUAAACUUGAGUAUUUGAGAUAUACCCUGCCACUUUUAACCCAUUCAUCUGCUGUCACCCUCAGGGCAGCCAUUGAGGAAGGCAAGUGCAUCUACCACAACAUCACUAACUUCGUACAGUUCCAAGUGAGCACCAGCCUUGUGGCCCUCAGUCUCAUUGCUCUCUCCACGCUCUUUGGGUUGCCGAGUCCUCUGAACCCCAUGCAGAUUUUGCUGAUCAAUGUCAUCAUGGAUGGCCCUCCAGCUCUGACUCUUGGCAUGGAGCCUAUAGAUGAAGAUGUGAAAGUCCAGCCUCCCAGAGACACCAAGAAGGACCUCAUAACGCCCAAAAUCAUCCGCAAUUGUGUCAUCUCGGCUACCGUUAUCAUCUGUGGGACUAUGUGGGUCUUUAGGUCUGAAAUGAUGGAUGGUGUGGUGACAGCUCGAGACACAACAAUGACUUUCUCUUGCUUUGUAAUGUAUGACAUGUUCAAUGCCAUGUCAUGUCGCUCUGAAGGCAAGUCAGUCCUGGAGAUUGGCCUCACAAGCAACUGGUACUUAUUUAUAGCUUUAACAGCUACUAUAGUCUGUCUGCUUGGUGUGGUCUAUUUGCCUUUUCUGCAGUGGGUGUUCCAGACAGAGGGCCUGCAUAUCACUGACUGGAUCUACCUCCUGUGUCUGACCUCCACCGUGCUGCUGGUGUCUGAGCUAAGGAAGUUCCUGGACCGCCGGCAGGAGUACUCCAAGGGCAUCCUCAAGAAAGGCUUUUGGGUGUCAAAAAAAUCAGCCAAGGCAAACUGGAUGGAUGCUGUGUAGUAUCUUCGACUUUUUUUCUGACAUCAAUAGAGACCCUUUUUGUAACAACAGAUAUGAUCAAGGCAUGAAGUGAACGUGAACCAGAGAUUUGGCAGGUCAUUUUGAUAUACUGUUGGCUUGCAUAUGUUUUUUUUUAUUUUUUUUAUUCAACAUUACAUUUUCUGCCAUAGAAAUCUGUACUGAGGUUUCAGUACUAGUCAUUUAAUCUUUAUAUUAUUAAUAGAAUGAUUCCUAAAUACAGACUCUUUAAUUGAUAUGUGAUAUGCAUAAGUUUGAACUAACAUAAGAUAAGUGUCAAGAAGAUAUUUCAUGAUUCUUCUGUGCUCUGCGAGCUUAACUAUUUUUUCAUAUAAUGUUGAGAUAUUAAUUUUUUUCUCUAGUGAUCUGAAAAGUGAAUUUUUGAGAACAGCGAAGAGAUGGCCAUAAAUCUUAAUAGAUUAGUUUUUCUUUCUUGUGAACACUUGUUUAUUUACUCCUAAAUGAUUUUGAGUUAUUUAUUGAAAAGGUAUGGUCUAUGAAAGGGUUCAUAUAUCCUUUUUAAUUAGUGUGUCUGUUAGUGACUUGGAAAGGAGGGAGAAACUUCUGUUUAAAACUGAAUCUGUUUUUAUAUUAUUUUUAAGUUGCUUGAUUGAAGAGACAUAUCUUACUAAAUCCUUUUGUGUAUAUGUUUAUAUUUUUAGUUAUUAUUACGGGUAUGUUUCCACUCUCAGUCCCUGUGUUAGACUUUUAAAGAGAAUUUAGGACAUGAUUUUGUAAAUAUCUUCACUGCUAGGCUUCCUUUUACCUUUAUUUGAUUAGCCAUAGGAUGAACAACCAUGAAGAUGAAGUUAUUUACUGAAGAGUUCAGAAGAAAAUCAGAGAAGCAGUGAUAAUAUAUAUACUCAGCUCCACAUAUUAAUUUGAUAGUUCAUAAAUAUUUUUAUUCAUAAAACUGAAAAGGGUCACUAUAUCCAUGGUUUGCAAAGAAACUUCAAUUCAAUUGGAUUAAUUUUCAGCUCCUUCUGAAUGGGCUUUUUGAUUUACUAUGGCUUGGAAAUUUUUUGAACCUCUCAAGUGUACUUUUAGUGGGGGAGAAGGUUUUUUUUUUAUUAUCUUCUAUUUAGGGACUGUCAAAUUCUACAGAAACGUCAACCAUGUGUACAUAAACCAUUUCACACCUAAUUGUAUUUGGCUUGGCUGCACUUUUCAACAGCAAGUAAAAGUAAAUGCACCAUUGUCGUAACUAUUAACAGACCUUUUUGAUCCAAGCUUCUUUUACUGUCAUUGAGCAUAUAGGUAGGUAUAUAUAUAUAUAAAUUACAAUAAGGAUUUAUAAAGCAUAUCUCAAAACAGUAAAAAAUGGGGAAAGAAAAACUAUAUAUUUCUCAUGACUUGAACGAUGAGCAAGAUUGGUUGUGUUAAUAUUGUCUUGUAUUUGGUAUCUUCCCCUAUUUUUGACCUGUGAUUAUUAAGACACAUUUCAUCAUACUAUAUUAGGUCUCCCUUAAGAUUUAUAUUCACUAUGCAUUUUUAUAAUAAUCUAAUAGCUAAAUGUGAUCUGAACUUAUGUAUAAUAAUAUUUGCUUUUUAUUUGCAUUUCUUAUAAUACAUAGCAGAGGUUAGCAGUUCACAUGUCUUUUUUUCCAUGUUUAGAGGUUGAAUACAAGGUUUUAAUACGUA